AUGGGUCUUGGUUUCAGUUGUCUCGGUUUAGGGGCAGCAUCCUGGAUAUCCUCAUGUCUUGCUUCUUGCUUUUCAGCAGCAGCCUGUUCUUUAGCUUUCAAAUCUUGUAAUUGCAAUAACUCCAUUGCAACGAGAGUUGGUUUUGCAAUAAUAUUUCUUAUGAAUUCUAUGUUAGCAUGGAUCAUGUUAACGGAUUGGGCGAUAAAACAACUAGAAAACAUUUCAUAUGGUUACUUAAAAUUAAAUUGUGAAGAGGGAACUUGUUAUGGAGUAUUAGCCGUUCAUCGGAUAUGUUUUGCUUUUUCAUUCUUCCAUUUCAUAUUAGGUUUAUUGGUUCUUAAAGUGAAUGAUACUCGUGAUAAGAGAGCCUCAAUUCAGAAUGGAUGGUGGGGUCCUAAAAUCUUAUUAUGGUUACUGCUCAUCAUUAUUUCAUUUUUCAUUCCAAAUCAAUUUUUCAUGUUUUGGGGAAAUUACAUUGCUUUAAUUGGAUCAACGGUAUUUAUUAUAGUGGGAUUGGUUCUUUUAGUUGAUUUUGCUCAUUCUUGGUGUGAAACGUGUAUUGAAAAAUGGGAAGGAUCAGAUAAUAAUAAAUGGAAAUAUAUUUUGGUCGCAUCAACUUUAACUAAGUUUUUGGGUGUAGUCAUAUUUACGGGAAUUAUGUAUGGGUUCUUCGCUGGAUCCGGAUGUCGCCUUAAUCAAUUCUUUAUAACUUUCAAUCUUAUAUUAUGUUUAAUUGGAACACUUUUUUCUGUUCAUCCGGUGAUACAAGAAGCAAAUCCACGUUCUGGACUUUCACAAGCUUCGAUGGUGAUGGUUUAUUGUACUUAUUUAAUAUUAAGUGCGGUAGCCAAUGAACCAAUAGAUCCUGAUGAUGAAAAUGGAAGUAAUUGUAAUCCUUUAAUAAAAAGUCGAGGCACUCAGACUACCACAGUUAUGAUAGGAGCAAUGUUUACAUUUGUGGCCAUUGCAUAUUCAACAUCGAGAGCUGCUACUCAAGACAAGGCAUUAAUUAAUAAAUCUGAUUAUCAUCCCGUUAAUACUGCAACUGCGAUUAAUUUAAAUAAUUCAAAUUCAUUACUUGCUUCUGUUGAAAGCGGUUACUCAUAUUUCCAUUUUAUAUUCGCUAUUGGUGCUAUGUAUACUGCGAUGCUUCUUACCAAUUGGAAUAAUGUUUCGACAAAUACUGAUGAAUUAAUUACGAUCGGGCAAACUUAUACUGCAGUAUGGGUUAAAGUUGUUUCUAGUUGGAUUUGUUUAAUUUUAUAUUUCUGGACACUUGUUGGUCCAGUAAUAAUGCCUGAAAGAUUUGAAAUGUAUUAA